CUCUGCGCCCAUGAACUGCCAAAGGAGAGCCAGACAAUCCAACCUUCUCUCUCUGGUGACCUCCAACCCCGUUUGGGAUGGCUGGCUUGAUUUUUCUCGUAGUGACCUCGGUGGUCAUGGCCGUGGCCUCCUUCGUGGCCGGCGCGCUUCCGCUGUCGUUUUCUCUGUCGCAGUCGCAGCUUCGAUUUGUGGCUGCUCUUGGGGCUGGUCUGCUUGUCGGCAGCUGUCUGAUUGUCAUUGUACCAGAAGGAAUUGAGGCGCUCGCCGCGACUGGUUUGCACUCAGAGCAUGCCGCGCAGCCCAGGCGAGUGCGGAGGGACGAGUCUGAGCAUGAGCAGCCAGAACUGCCCGCAUUCCAUAUCGGAUUCGCUUUGGUUGUCGGCUUUGCCCUGAUGUUCCUCAUCGACCGGCUACCGCGCCAUGCCACGGAGAAAUUUCAAUCAACCCCGACAAGCAGGCAUGUGAGCUUGGAUAACCUGGCUGGCCCAAGCACCUCAGUGGAUGAGGAAUCCGAGGGCUUUUUAGGCUCUUUCACGCCGUCCCCUAAGCAGACGCGCAGUCUAGCUACUACGACAGGCCUCGUCAUCCACGCCGCGGCCGACGGCAUCGCCAUGGGCGCUUCGGCUUCGACAUCCAACCUGAAUGUCGGGCUCAUUAUCUUCUUUGCUAUUCUAGUGCACAAAGCUCCGGCCGCGUUUGGGUUGACUUCCGUCCUACUGAAACAAGGGCUGUCAAAGCGGGCGGCACGCUGGCAUCUCAUGGUCUUCAGCCUAGCAGCUCCCGCGGGAGCCUUGUUUACCUAUUUCAUUGUGUACAUGGUUGGAGGCGAGGCAAUGGAGGGCGAGCUGGCCCAGUGGUGGACUGGCAUGCUCCUGCUAUUUAGCGGCGGGACGUUCCUAUACGUUGCUAUGCAUGCGAUGCAGGACGAGAACCAAUCCGCGGGCCAUGACCACCAUUUUAGUGCCAGUGGAUUUUCCGAUGGCGGGAGCUCAUCACACAGAAGGCAGGGCAAGCUGCAAUUACGCGAGACUCUUGCAACGGUGGUGGGGAUGCUGCUUCCAUUGCUCACGCGUUUCGGCCACCAUCAUCAUUGAGACAUUCCGGCUAAAAGGUGGGAAUUUGCUUGCUUUCAACCAGGGGCGCGGUAUAACUCCUGGAAAGAUGGAACGUUCAAGCCAUAGACCUCUAGCGUUUCUCCAACUGUCUUCACUUUACGGUAUCGACAGGAUCCAGAAUAGGGCUGCUUAGCUUGGGGAUACCUACUGCACUGCAUUUGCCCUCAACCCGCUACUACUAUAUAUGAUGGCUGCCCCAGUGACGUACUGGACCUUUUGAGGUUCGCUCACCAGCCUCACCGAUUUCCGGCCCGCCAAGCAUACUGUACAGUACACUACCACAGUAGAACUCCAGCGACUAGGGGUAAAUCUUACCCAAGCCCCAAACAAGUGGGGAUGUCUCACGCAGUGGCUGUGGAGC